CCGUAUAAACAAACAGUUCGUUAUGACAGACGUCAAACGAAAUUCACUCAAUUUACUCUCAACAACGCUCUCUGGGCAAUUUCAUUCACUAAACUCUCGUUGACACUUCACGAUUGACAAACAUAACCUCAUAUUUUGUAGAAAAUAACCUCUUCAGUAGCAAGCAAAACAAGAAAGAGUUUUUUUUUUCGAAAAUGUUGUCAAUUUUUCGAGGUAUUGCCUCGAAAAUCGCACCGAGCGUAUCAGUUUUGAGCAAUUCACAAUUCCAUACCAGCGCCAUGCUGCAGAAAGAAAAGGGUGACAACGAUGGGCCAACACAUUUUCUUUCGUACAAUGACAAAAUGUAUCCACCACAAAGACCAGACGAAGAACCCAGACCGGCGUUUAUUUGCCACCAAAAGGCGAAUAUCAAGUACAGUCCAGAAAAGAUGUGGUACAUUGCUUGCUUGAUUCGCGGUAUGACGAUUGAUGAGGCAGUUCGCCAGCUGCGAUUUGUUGCCAAAAAAGGUGCUGUUUCGAUAUUGGAAACACUUUUGGAAGCCCAAGAAAAAGCAGUUAAAGAGCACAACGUUGAAUUCAAAAGCAACUUGUGGGUUGCCGAAUCAUUCUGUGGCAAAGGAUACGUUCUCAAAGGGAUUCGUCGUCAUGCAAAACGCAGAAUUGGACGUGUGGAAUACAAAUACUGUCACUAUUUCGUUCGUUUAGAAGAGGGAAAACCACCAAAAGACUACUAUCGCAACCAAGUCACACCCGAACAGAAGCUCGAAAAAUGGCUGGAAGAUAAACGGAAGAGAAAGAUUUAUAAUUCCCUGUAACUUACCUUUGAAUUGCAAGUUGUUUCAUUGUGUACGUUCAUCGCUACGUUGAAUUUAGAAAUAAAAAGUCGAAAAUUUUAAACUUGA